ACAUCGUCUGGAGAGCAUGAAAAAGAGACAUCUCAUCAAUACUUUUUUAGCAGCAAGGUUGAGAUUCCUUUGCUGGAGGAGCUGAGGUUGUCUUCAAUUAAGAUACAACAAAUAUGGCACUGUGAACUUACAUCGGUACCUUCAUUUGCUCAAAAUUUAAGAGAGCUUGUGGUGACUGAUUGUGACAAUUUGAGAUAUUUAUUCACAUCCUCCAUGGUUAAAGUUUUUACACAGCUUGAAAAACUGGAGAUUUAUGGAUGUAGGGCGAUGGAAGUGGUAAUAUUGAUGGAAGGAUUGGAGGAAGAAGAGGAAGAAAGGAUGUGCCAGACAAUGUUCCCCAAACUAGAGACCCUAGUGCUCUCAAACCUAUCCCAGCUCAUCAGAUUUUGCUCCAAUAGUAAUUCUCAAUUAGAAGAAAGAUCUGAAACUCAAGGGCUCAAUGCUAGUGGAUCACAAGUAGUGCCAAUCAUCAAAUCACCUUUGGAGCAAACAGAAGCCACUAAGCUUGUAUUUCCUCAAGUAAAAUGCUUGAAACUUUGCCACCUGCAGAAAUUCGAGAGUUUCUUCUCUCAAAUGCACAUCAUAGAAUGGCCAUCAUUGAAAAGAAUGCAUGUCUGGGCAUGUGACAAAGUGCAGAUAUUUGCUUCAACAUUUCCAUGCAUCAAUACAGCACGCAGAAACAACCAACCUGAAAGUUGUACUCAACAUCCCCUGUUUUGGAUUAACCAG